UUGCUUGUGUUUCUUGGCCCAAGCAUUGUCUCUUCUUCUUAUUGGUGUCCUUUAGUAGUGUUUUUUGUUGUUGCAGCAAUUCGACCAUGAAGGCCUGAUUCACGCAGUCUCCUCUGAACAGUUGAUGUUGAGAUGUGUCUGUUACUUGAACUCUGUGAAGCAGUUAUUUGGGACACCGAUCACAUCCCGCAGGAUGACAGUGACUGCAGCGCCAACCUGCAAGGCGACGAGAUGGUCAUCGAGCCGACUAAGGUCCUGUCCAUUUCACGCAGCUUCCUCAACAGCACGUGGGUCCCAGACGAGCACUACCUUGAGCUGACCCAGGACUAUCAGAGGUUCAGGUCUACGCGCAAGUUACUGGAGUACCCACUGAGUUGUGAGGAAGAAUACUUCCCCCUGGCCUUCUCGCUGGUUGUCCACCACAAGGUUGAGAACUUUGAGAGGCUGCUUAGAGCCAUCUACGCCCCCCAAAACUAUUACUGCGUCCACGUGGAUAUAAAGGCCAAAGCGUCGUUCCUUGCUUCCAUCAAAGCCAUCACAUCCUGCUUUGAAAAUGUGUUCUUGGCCAGCCAUCCGGUCAGUGUGGUGUAUGCGAGCUGGAGCCAUGUCCAGGCUGACAUCAACUGUAUAAGUGAUCUGUACAGGGCUAGUUCACACUGGAAGUAUUUCAUUAACCUCUGUGGCCAGGACUUCCCCAUCAAGACCAACCUGGAGAUGGUGCGCAGCCUGUGGGCACUGGCGGGGGACAACAGAAUGGAGUCGGAGGCCAGGCCCAGAGGUAAGAAGUCGCACUGGAAGAAAGUGCAUCAGGUUGUUGAUGGCAAACUUCAAAGAACAGAGCAGAACAAAGCUCCUCCGCCCUUUGGUAUACCCAUCUUGUCAGGUGGGGCAUACAUUGUGGUGAAUAGGGGCUUUGUGCGUGCUGUGCUGGAGGACAGCAAUGUGUUGGCUCUUAUUCGGUGGGAUAAUGAGACUUGGAGUCCUGAUGAGUUCCUGUGGGCCACCAUCCAGAGGCUUCCUGGCGUUCCCGGCUCCAUGCGCCCCAAGUUAGACAUGACGGACAUGCACGCCGUUGCCAGGCUGGUGAAGUGGCCGUGGUAUAGGGGUAUCUAUGUUAAAGUGAUGUGUGUAUAUGGGGCCGGAGACCUGCAGUGGAUGCUGCAGCAGCACCACCUCUUUGCCAACAAGUUUGACACGGACCCCAUUGCUAUCAGAUGUCUGGAGGAGCACCUUAAGCAUAAGGCCCUGGCAGAAAUAUACUAACGCAAAUGACUUUGUGUGCUCAAAGUUUCUAACCUGUAUUUGUGAUCUCUGGGAUCCAACUCAAAUUGAACUUUUAUGGCACCAUCUCUGUCUUAUCCAUCUAAAGAUCAUCCUAGAAAGAGGUGGUUUUAUUGGGAUAAAUAACCAAACUUAUCAAACUUUUAAAAUGUCCUGGUGAUUUAUGUCCUAAUGAUUAUUUACAUCAGUGGUCUUACCUUCAUAUUCCGAUUGCUGAUUUAAUAUCGAAACUGAAAGUACAGUGUGAUUUGUAAAUAUGGAGGGGGUAUUGAUAGUGUUUUGACUGAUAAUAAUAUAUUCAAGUUUAUAUCAUCUGUCUCUCAUACAGAAACUGUUGUGAAAAAUCCAGUCCAUGUUUUUAUUACCAAUUGAUGUUAGAA